AUGACGCUCUCUUCCCAGAUCCUCGUCCUGAAGGUGGGCACCUCCACCAUCAUGCGAUCCGACGAGCGCGGCCAGCGCGUGAACGUGGCGAACCUGAGCCGCCUCGUGGAGGUCAUCAGUGAUUUGGGCCACCAGGGCUACAAGGUCGUCCUGGUGUCCUCCGGGGCCGUGGGCAUGGGAUGCAGAGAAUUGGGGCUGGCGAAGAAGCCGACGGACCCUCAAAUGAAGCGUGCCGUGGCCGGUGUAGGUCAGAGCCGUAUCAUGCGCAUGUACUCCGAGCUGUUUGAGACCGUCGGCCUCAAAAUCGCGCAGCUUCUCGUGAGUCAGCGAGAUUUUAUGGAGCAGCAACGCUGGGCAGAGAUCCGGGACACCAUAGCAGCCUGCCUCGAUGCGGGCGUCGUUCCCAUCAUUAAUGAGAAUGAUACUACCAACACGGACGGCGUCCGCUUUGGGGACAACGACAACCUGGCGGCUCUCACCGCCGUGCAGCUGGAAGCCGAGGGUGUCUUCCUGUUCACCGAUGUCGACUACCUGUACACGGCCAACCCGAACGUGGAUCCAUCUGCCGAGCCCAUGCGUAUAGUCAGCGAGGCCUUUGAGCUGAACGUGGACACGCGGGAACCGGGGUCUUCCCUCGGCACCGGCGGCAUGUCUACCAAGGUGUCAGCAGCUCGAACGGCGCAUUGUGCUGGCAUCCCAUGUGGGAUUUUGCACGGCAAGCAUCCGGAGCGCCUCUUCAGCUUCCUGACCCACGACGAGACUGCCUCCACCCACAGCGGACGGAGCCCACUGGAGUCGGACACCCUCAGCGAGCAGGACAUGGAGCACAUGGAGCCUGAGCCAGAGGGUACUCUCUUCGCGGCCGAGGAAGGGGAGCAGUUGUCAGAGGCAGAGAGGUGGAUCCUAAGCCUGCCCGUGGUUGGAGAUGUGGACCUCUCCGGCUCGCAUGCCACAAGCGACCUACGUGAGUUCGUCCUUGAUGCCGUAGCCGGUGCCCUGGGGAGCCUCAAGAGCUUGUCGGGUACGGCGCAUCACGGCGGGGUUCGGGUCUUUAACCACAACGUGGAGAUUGCCAGGACCCGGGUGAGUUUUGAUGAGGACGGGGCCUGUAGCCUGUCCAGCCUCAUAGCGGAGGAGAGUGUGGUUCUGACGCCGGUGGCAGAGCAUCACACUGCCUGA